AUGGAUAGAGCUAAGGAAGUGCUCUAUGACACACACAUCAAGAUGUAUCCGCCCUCGCGAAAAGAGCCGCUCCCACAACGAGUGACAAGUAAUAGUCCCUCUCGACCGGUGCCAUAUCCAGUGGAAGAUGCACAGCAGCCUAUGAGCCCGAUCCCAUUACAGUCGGCACAUAGCUUACAAUCUGGUCGAUCCACACCGUCGUCGUCGGACGGAAGAAGCAAAGUGGUGACGCCAACAAACGCGCGAUACGAUCAACCGUUUACUUUUCAAAGUUCUCCUUCUCAAGGGCAGUCCACAGACUCACUGAAAUAUGGAAGACCGAAUAAUAAUUACACUAAUAAUAACAGCUCAGUGGAUACCUUCCAGAGCGCAAGCGACAUCUCCAAACCUGCAGUACCGCCUCCGCCAUAUGAAGAAACCGAUGAUAUGGAAACACCACAGUUUGUGCAAGAAAAAAUGUACCGCAAACCUAGCGAUUACUCUGAUUUUGCUGAACGCAGCGAUCAAAAGCGGAAAUCAGCCGAAAAGGAGCCUUCACCCAAACGCGACAUUUCACAGUACAGUGAGAUUGCAAUUCAGUUUCACAAAGUCUACCAAGCGACCAUCAACGAUUCACCAAAUUUCACUGCGGAAGUUCAGAUGAAAUGGUGCGAAACGUUGUUGCAGUACGCUUUCAUGGACGACUUCAUUGCCAACUACAACAUAAACGGCGACAAGCUCAAACGAACAUUAUCAGCAGCGGAAAUGCUGAAAAACCAAAAAAUAAUUUUAGAACAUGCUUUAAAGGUAUUGACGAAACUAAUCACAUUGCAAUAUGGGCCCGCGUUGUAUUUGAUGGCAACGCUUUAUUCUCACCAACCGUAUUUGGAGGUCAAGAUCCAGCAGGUUAUCGCACGGAACGAUAGCAAGGCACUGGAUUACUACGGCAGGGCAGCAGCUUUUGACGUCAGUGAAGCUUGCUACCGAGCUGGAGUAUGCUAUGAAUACCAGAGAGGAACACCUGCAGAUAUGAAUCGGAUGCGUUCUAUGCAAAAAGCCAUACAGUUUUACGAGAAGGGAGCGCUGAAUUGUGACAACAUCGCCUGCAUGUAUAAGCUAGGCAUGUUGUGUUUACACGGGGUCAGGGACUCGAAGGAUAGGCCGCUUUUAAACCAGGAUGUGAAAGUUGCCAUAAACUGGUUUUCAAGAGCUAUUCGUCGCGACGAGAAAGUUGGGAACGCAUCUCAAUCCGACCUGUCAGAAAGCGCUAAGGAUGCUGCCAAAAACGAUCGUGUAUCUCCACAGGCCAUGUACGAGCUUGCCAAAAUUUACGAGUUUGACGGUCUGGCUCCGGCGUUACAGGAAUCGCUGACCGCUGCCGGGUUUGCGCGAAACACGACAAAAGCGUUGCAAUACUACCACCGCUGUGCCACCCGGUAUUCUUACGCGCUAGCCCAGUGGCGUCUUGGCCAGUGUUACGAAUUUGGACAGCUGAACCUGGCCGUGGCGGCCAAUAAGUCUAUUGCAUGGUAUGCACAAGCAGCGACCGCGAAACCUCGCGGCAAUUCCAUGGCCAUGAUGUCGCUGAGCGGCUGGUAUCUCACAGGUGCCACGGACGUGCUCAAGCCAAACAAUCAAGAAGCAUUCAAUUGGGCCCGUAAGGCGUGCCAUGCGUCAGAGGGCAAACUGGGCCGUGCAGAAUACGCAAUUGGGUUUUUCUACGAGAACGGCGUAGGGUGCACCGCGGAUCUCAAUGCAGCGCGUGAACACUACCAGAAAGCCGUACAGGCCGGACAUCGAAAAGCACAGGAUAGACUACAAAUGACGCAAAAUGUCCAAGCCUGGAAUGGUGGAGGAUAA